GUAUUUCCGGGUCCGGCUUCUGUCACAAAGCGGAGGCCCCGCGUCAAACGUGGCCUGGUGGGUCCUUCGCGCCUGUACUGGGGUCGGCGCGGAAGGACCGGGGCGGGCGGGGGUACUUCACAGCCGACAGCUGGAGCCGGUCCUCUCGUACGGCCCCGCGUUGGCACCUCUGCCCGCAGAGCCGGCUGGCUUUUGAGCCCUCAGGAUUGAGUCCCUGAUCCGCAGCCUCCAGGACUGCAGGUCGAGAGGACAGCGCUCCUUCGCCCAUAGCUGUCCCCCAUAGUCACGCUCUGCCCUGUGAGGUGCAUUUGACAAGUCACCUCCACACUCCCACCUCUUCCACCACGUCUGCCUUAACUGCGUUCUUAACCUGCUAAAUUUGAGACCCCUCCCUCUGCCUCUAGGAGAGGUCCCCCCCCCCCCGCCCCCCGCAUAAUUGAGAGAGGAGUUACGUUAUCCUGCAGAAAGAUUACUUUUAAGACUGAGCACCCAUUUAAUACCCUAAGAAAGUUCAUGUUUAGAGAGUUUGUGGGCAAAGUGAAACCCAGUGCACACAGGAAACUAUGGCUGAGCACGGGGCUCACAUCACAACUGCUUCUGCGGUGGAUGACCAGCCAUCCAUCUUUGAGGUGGUAGCACAAGACAGUUUAAUGACAGCAGUGAGACCUGCUCUUCAGCAUGUGGUCAAGGUUCUUGCAGAAUCCAAUCCUGCCCACUAUGGCUUCUUUUGGAGGUGGUUUGAUGAAAUCUUUACCCUGCUAGAUCUUCUGCUCCAGCAGCAUUAUCUAUCUAAAACCAGUGCCUCAUUUUCUGAAAACUUUUAUGGCUUAAAGAGGAUUGUAACGGGAGAUACGCACAAGCUUCAGAGAUUGGCCAGUGCUGGUCUCCCAAAGAAGCAGCUCUGGAAGUCAGUUAUGUUCCUGGUUCUUCUUCCCUACCUGAAAGUGAAGCUGGAGAAGCUGGUUUCUAGCCUGAGAGAAGAGGAUGAAUAUUCUAUCCAUCCCCCUUCUUCUCGCUGGAAACGAUUUUACAGAGCCUUUCUGGCAGCUUACCCAUUUGUUAACAUGGCCUGGGAAGGCUGGUUUCUUGUACAACAACUUCGAUACAUCCUUGGAAAGGCUCAGCAUCACUCCCCACUGCUGAGUCUGGCUGGAGUCCGGCUAGGUCGACUUACACUUCAGGACAUACAGUCUCUGGAGCACAAACCAGCAGAGGCCAGCAGGAUGCAGCAACCAGCCAGAAGCAUUAGUGAGAAGAUAAAGUCAGCGUUGAAGAAAGCUGUGGGGGGCGUUGCCUUAUCCCUCUCUACUGGCCUUUCUGUGGGUGUAUUCUUCCUGCAGUUUCUUGAGUGGUGGUACUCAUCUGAAAAUCAAGAAACCAUCAAAUCAUUGACUGCCCUGCCUACUCCACCACCGCCUGUACACCUAGACUACAAUUCUGAUUCUCCUCUGUUACCCAAAAUGAAGACUGUGUGCCCACUGUGUCGUAAAACCCGGGUGAACGAUACUGUUCUUGCCACCUCUGGCUAUGUGUUUUGUUAUCGCUGUGUGUUUAAUUACGUGAGAAGUCACCAAGCUUGUCCUAUCACAGGUUAUCCAACAGAAGUACAACAUCUAAUUAAACUGUACUCCCCUGAGAACUAAAUGGGAUUAGCAUCUUAUCUCACAACAAAAUUAUUGCACUGAAAGGCCAGAGGGCUGGUUUUUUAGCAUGGUACAUAGCAUUGUUUGAUACUUCUUAGCCUCAAUUCAUAAUUGUAUGAACUUUAAACAACUAUAUGGAUUUCCUUAAAAGGAUAUACCCAUUGAUCUUAACCUUUUAGCCUGCUCCCUAGACCCCUACUUAGAGUUGACCAAGCUGUUCUAGAAUAAGAGAAUCAGGAGUGGCAGGGGAUGUGGAAGGCCAGUGUAGAAGAAGUGGAUAAAAGAGGAUAAUUAGCACAGAAGCUUUUCUUAUCUCCUUCCUUAAAGGACAAGAGGUAUAGAUGCUCUCAGGAAAAACCCAAGCUAGACCUCAGAAAGUGGGUGGUGAAGGGGAGGCAGGCUUUUUCUUUAGAAAAGAAAGCAUUUAUGUGCCUAUGAGGAAUAGAUUUUAUCGGUUUGCAAACAAUGUGAAAUGUGGACCUGCUCUUUAUAAAAAUACUUAGAAACACUUGAAAAAAACAAUGGCUCCUUCCAUAGGCUGUGACCCAUUAAUUAAGUAACAUCUGCUAUAGUCUGUCAACUUUUAAAGAUUCCUUUAUGAGCCAUACAUAUCUUUCUUGGGAAACUGGUUAAAGGAAAAUAGGGGUCAAGUGUAUAUAGAGAAUAGUCUGAAGAUUUCACUGUGAAAGCCAAGCUAAUAAGCAAUGAAGAGAUGAAGUAAAAUACUGAUCUAUGACUAUGUAAAGAAAGCAUCUUUCCAUAGACUCUUUCUACUUGCUGUUAAGCGUUUGCUAAACUGGCAUGAAUUAUUCUGGCUAUCACUAGUUUCUAUGAAACACUUAAGUAAAUUUCAAGAAUAAAUGUUUUU